GCCCCCGCCGUCUGGAGGCCCAGGCGCGCCCGGCGCCUAUCCAGGCCUGUGCGGGGCGGAUUGACAGCCGCUGGGCGGCGAUCCAAGGCGGCGCGGGGCCUGGGCGGGAGCCGGGAGCCGGGAGCCGAGAGGCGCAGCUGGCAUGGAGGCGCUGCUGCUGGGCGUGGGGUUGCUGCUGGGCGCCUACGUGCUUGUCUACUACAAUCUGGUGAAGGCCCCGCCGUGCGGCUGCAUCGGCAACCUGCGGGGCCGCACGGCCGUGGUCACGGGCGCCAACAGCGGUAUCGGGAAGAUGACGGCGCUGGAACUGGCGCGCCGGGGAGCGCGCGUGGUGCUGGCCUGCCGCAGCCGGGAGCGCGGGGAGGCGGCAGCCUUCGACCUUCGCCAGGAGAGUGGAAACAAUGAGGUCAUCUUCAUGGCCCUGGACUUGGCCAGUUUGGCCUCAGUUCGGGCUUUUGCGGCUGCCUUCCUGAGCUCUGAGCCACGGUUGGACAUCCUCAUCCACAAUGCUGGGAUCAGUUCCUGUGGCCGGACUCGAGAGACCUUUAACCUGCUGCUUCGGGUGAACCACAUUGGUCCCUUCCUGCUGACACACCUGCUGCUGCCUCGCUUGAAGACUUGUGCUCCUAGCCGCGUGGUGGUGGUCUCCUCAGCUGCCCACCGGCGUGGACACCUUGACUUCAAACACCUAGACCGCCCAGUGGUGGGCUGGCAGCAGGAACUGCGGGCUUAUGCUGACAGUAAGCUGGCCAAUGUAUUAUUUGCCCGGGAGCUCGCCACCCAGCUUGCGGGCACUGGCGUCACCUGCUAUGCAGCCCAUCCAGGGCCUGUGAACUCAGAGUUGUUCCUGCGCCACGUUCCUGGAUGGCUGCGCCCAAUUUUGCGCCCACUGGCUUGGUUGGUACUCCGGGCACCAAGAGGGGGUGCCCAGACACCCCUGUACUGCGCUCUACAGGAGGGUAUUGAGCCCCUCAGUGGGAGAUACUUUGCCAACUGCCACGUGGAGGAGGUGCCCCCAGCUGCCCGAGAUGACCGGGCUGCCCACCGGCUGUGGGAGGCCAGCAAGAGGCUAGCAGGGCUUGGGCCUGAGGAGGAUGCUGAACCUGAUGAGUACCCCCAGCCUGAGGAUUCAGGGGUCCCAUGCUCUCCGAGCACUCCCCACCCUGAGGAGCCCUCAGUUUCUGAACCUUGCCCCAGCCCUCAGAACUCACCAGAUUUGUCUGAGGUGACCAGACGAAUUUGGGUGAAAACUGAGCCGGAGACCCAAGUCUCCUAAAUCUCAGGCUGGGGAUGCUUUUCGUGGUACUUGGUAGCUUUUGAGAACUGCAGCUACGUACCAUGCCCUGAGCACUGAGGGAUUUGCAAUUUUUACCUCCAUGGUUACUUUCUGGGGCCUCAAGUUGUAUUCUGGACAGCUCUUUUCCUGGUUGAAGAAAUAAUGGGCGAUUAUUUCUUCCUGAGACUGACAGUAACCCCAGAUGGAGGGGUGGAGGGUAAGGUGCCAGACACCAGGCUUCUCAGGAUUUUGAAUUUCGGGUUUCCAGGCCCCACCCUCUUUGAUUCUGAUCAGCUCUGUAGCAGGGCCUGGGAAUUUGUUUCAUGCACUGCCAACGCUGAGAAUUACCCUAACGGAGCCCUUUGCACGCAUCUAGCUAGGUAGUUAAAUUACCCCCAUUUUACGGAGGCAGGAUUAGGCUCCAGAGGUAAGGGACUUGCCCAAGGUCUCAAAGCUAGUUCUAGCAGGGACUGACUGGGGUUGGCGGCCAACUGCUGCAAGAGGGGUGCUGGGAGGUAAAUCAUGGCUGGGCGAUUGUUACUGAGACGGCCCGUAGGAGUGCAGAGAAGCCUCCCGGGGUGCCUUAGGACUAGGCCCGGCGAUCUCGAGCCACUCGUAAUAAAGCGCGUUUGCUGCCGGG